CGGAGCUGCAGCCCGGAGAAGAGGCUUCAGACAGCGGCGGAGCGGAGGAGGACACAUCGCUGAGCGCGGAGCUCCGGAUGGCUGCUUAAACUAAACUGACGGAUAAAGCGGAUUCUUUUUAUUUUUUUUUCCCCUCAAACUCACUGUUACCGGAAUCUGAGAGAAAAAGCUGCGUCAUGAAGUACAAAAAUCUGAUGGCGAAGGCGUUGUACGACAACGUGCCUGAGUCCCCCGAGGAGCUGGCCUUCCGGAAGGGGGACAUCCUGACGGUCAUCGAGCAGAACACGGGGGGCCUGGAGGGCUGGUGGCUCUGCUCGCUGCACGGCCGCCAGGGCAUCGCCCCCGGCAACCGCCUGAAGCUGCUGAUCGGACCCAUGUUCGAGGCCCAGUCGUCGGCCCCGGCGGCCGCCGCCUCCCCUCCGCCCCCUCAGGCCUUCCAGCUGAAGGCCGGCGGCUCGGGGGCUCAGGGGCUCUACCAGGUCCCCCCUCAGCAGCAGGGUCAGCAGAGCAUCUACCAGGUCCCCCCGGGACAGGAGGUCUACCAGGUGCCCCCCAGGAGCAUGCUGGCGGCAGAUCACACCCCGAGCAAGGUGGUGACCCCGACCCGAGUGGGCCAGUCCUACAGUUACAGCCCCGGACAGCACGGCCAGCAGGACCUGUACGACGUGCCGCCCAGCAGGGCGCAGGGGGUGUACGACGUUCCACCUGGCCAGGUGUUCACGGCUCAGCCGGGCGGGGCCAGGAGCCAGGCCGUCUACGAUGUCCCCCCCUCGCAGACGGACCCCCGGACUCAAGGCGUGUACGACGUCCCCCCGGCCUCACAAGGGGUCUACUCGGUGCCGCCUUGCCGGACCGCCGCUGCCCAGCAGGAGGGGAAUUACGACUUCCCGCAGCCUCUCAAGCACAAGCAGGAGGGCAUCUACGACGUGCCGCCGCCCGCCAUCUCCAAACCCUCGCAGAACCCGCAGUCCCACUACGACUUCCCCCCGAGCGUCGAGGCUCCGCCCCCUAAGCAGCACAACGCCAACGAGGGGAUCUACGACGUGCCGCCGACCGCCCUGCUGUCGGGGGCGGGGUCUCAGCAGGACGUGUACGAUAUCCCGCGGGGUCUGCCGCCCUCGCAGCUGAGGGCGUCGCCCGCCGACAGAGACGGCAGCAGAGGCGUCUACGACGUCCCCGCGCAGGACGUGCGCACGGUGGCGGACGUGACGGACGGCGUGAACCGCCUGUCGUUCUCCAGCACCGGCAGCACGCGCAGCAGCAUGUCCACGUCCUCGUCCUCCGCCGGCUCCAGCGCCGAGGGCCGCCUCACGCUGGACGUGGACGCCGCCGUGCAGAGGUUGUACCGCCUGCAGCAGACGCUGGACGCCUCGGUCGGGGCGCUCCACUCGAUGGCGGCGUCCCCCCACUGGAGGACUUUUCCCUUCAUGGAGCGCCACGCCAACGACGUGCGCACAGUGCUGGACCGCGUCCGGGCGGCGCUGGGCGACUUCAUCGUGUUCGGUCGGGGCGCCGCGGCGAACGCCACGAGCCUGUCGGACUGCAGCCUGCACAGUAAACUGCGCCGGCAGCUGGGCCGCCUGGAGGACUCGCAGCAGAUCCUGCUGCAGAUCUACCAGCUGCUGGAGAGCUGCUGCUGGGCGCUCAACGCCCUCGCCACGUCCGGGAAGCACCACGGCAAGACGGACGACCUGGACCGCUUCGUCAUGGUGUCCAGGACCGUGCCCGACGACGCCAAGCAGCUGGCCUCCACGAUAGGGAGCAACGCCGAGCUGCUGUUCAGGCGGACGCACGCCGACGGCAGCACGCCGGACGACGCCACUAUCCAGCGGCUCACCUCGCCGUCCUCCGACAUCGACAACUACGGCGGUCCGACCAAACCGUUCCCGGUUCCCUCCAGUCAAGACAAAGACAACAUGAACAACAGCGAGAAGUGUGUGAAGAGCUGGAUGGAGGACUACGACUACGUACAUUUACAGGGAAAAGAAGACUUUGAACGCCAGCAGAAGGAGUUGUUGGAGAAAGAAAACAUCAUCAAGCAGAGCCAGGUUCAGCUGGGUCAGGAGCAGAUCAAUCAGUUCAAGAAGCUGGAGCAGGAGGUGAUCAAACCCGUGGAGAACGACAUCACGCAGUGGAUUUCACACUCGGGCGUCACCGCCGCCUCCCCCUCAGACUCCUCCUCCUCGUCCUCCCCGCCGUCGUCCUGCUCGCUCUCCCCCUCCACGCCGGUGUGCGCCCGCGACCGCCAGCUGCUGGGCUUCUACUCGGAGCAGUGCGAGCAGCACUUCGUCACGCUGCUCAGCGCCGUCGACGCCUUCUUCGGCUGCGUGCGCGCCGGACAGCCGCCCCGCAUCUUCGUGGCGCACAGCAAGUUCGUCAUCCUCAGCGCCCACAAACUGGUCUUCAUCGGGGACACGCUGUCCCGGCAGGCCGCCGCGCCCGAGCUGGCCAACCGGGUGAUGAACUCCAGCAACGUGCUGUGCGACCUGCUGAAGACGGUGGUGUCCGCCACCAAAACGGCCGCCCUCAACUACCCCAACACGGCCGCCAUCCAGGAGAUGGUGGACAGAGUCACCGACCUGUCCCACCACUCGCAGCAGUUCAAAGAGCAGCUGCUGCAAAUGGCCCACCUGUGACUCUCCACCCUGUGAAGCCCUCCGUCUGUACAUGAAUCCUGCAGAAAUCUAUAUAUUUGCAGUAUAUAUAUGUUGAUCUCCAUCGUCCCGCCCGUCUCACACGUUGUAAAUAGUCUCCACUCUGUAAAUAUUUGCUCUAUUUUUGUGUAGAUUGUUUUAUAUGAUGGUAUGAAUAUAUCGGUAGAUGGUGCCUGUGUAGACGUACGUGGACAUUUUUCAUAACAUUCCUGUUGCAUAUUAUUACGAAGCACCUUAUGAGAUGUCCCGUUUUUCCAUUUUUAACUGUGCGUCAGUCCUUGUUGUUGUUGAAGUUGUCUUACUGCUGGUGUGACUGUAACUCCUGUCUGUGUCCACAUGAUUGAAGAUCUCCACAAAGUAAAGGACUCUUCUGAACCACA